UUUAGACCUUGCUGCCUCUCAGUUACCGUAGACACGCGGUGUGCAUCGCAUUCUGUUGGUGUGACGUAGUGUACAUGUUUGAAUUACUCAUAAAUUUUAAUUUAUUUUAAAAAAUUAUUGUUAUUUAAGGUAUUUUAAUUAAUUAAUGAAAACCUGUGUAUUUAUUUCGUUCGUGUUCCGUUAGAAGUACGCGACAUUCGAACUAUGGUCAGUUAAAUUAAAUAACUUCGUUUUUUUAUUUGGGGGUCAACACCAUGCAUGUUCGGACUUCAGUGUUUAUCGUUAGUAUUCUAGUUUCAACGUUUGUUAACGAAAAUGUGGGAAGUAAUAUUUCAUCGUGGUGCAAAAUGAAUACUACUAAGAUUGUACCACAAGAAAAUGUUACCUUUGUGGGCGAUGUGUUGUGGACAAUGGAACUGCCUCCAAAAGCAUACCCAAUAUCGGCAUACCGUAGAAUAGAUAAAGAAUACGAAUUAUGUAUUUGCGAAGUUGAGUUAUGCGUACAAAAGUGUUGUAAUCUAAAUCAAGUAUUUGGAAAAAAAGGAUGCGCUGCUAAUAAUGACACAUUGGAUGCAUCUUUUAUAGUGCCUAAAUAUGUUAAUGGAUCUGGUAUUGUUGAAGAACACGAAUCUGACCGUUUUUAUUUAGUCUAUGCUAAACCUAAAUGUAAAGCUGGCAAAUUAGUGUUAGAUCCAAAAAAAAUUCCUAAAGAUAAUUAUCGUAUAUCUGAUUCUGGUCAUUUAACAAAAGAAAACGGGGAAAUAAUCACAGCCCCAGAUCAAUAUUGUGUUGACAAUUUUAUUACCUAUAAACAAGUUAUUCCAUUGUUAUGCUUCGAAGAAAAAAUAAAUUUAGUUAUACCUGAAAAUAAUUCGUUAUUAAUUUACAAAAUUGCAAUGUUUAUAUCUCUUCCAUUUUUGAUGGUCACGUUUUUUAUAUAUGCCCUAAUCAGAGAAUUAAGAAACUUGCAAGGAAAAUCACUUAUAUGCCACAUAGGAUCACUAACGAUUGCUUAUGCUUCUUCACUUUUUAUACAAUUACACACUGAGUCCUUGGUCAGAUAUCAAAAUAAUAUAUGUGUGAUACUAGCAUACAUUAUUCAGUUUUCCUUCCUAGCCUCAUUUUUCUGGCUAAAUGUUAUGUGCUUCGAUUUGUGGUGGACCUUCAGCGGUUGUAGACCAAUGAGAGGACGUGCAAAAGAGAGAGAUUCUAAAAAAUUUAUUCUCCAUUCUAUAUAUGCCUGGGGAGGUCCACUUAUAAUAUUUUUUAUUACAUUUUAUAUGGAAUUAUCGACAAGCCUAAAUUCGACUGAAUAUCAGCCAGACUUUGGAUUGCGUAGUUGUUGGUUUCAUACAAAAACUGCUACCCUAAUAUAUUUUUAUGGACCUAUCGGUGUAAUUCUAUUAGCGAAUUCGUUGAUGUUUAUCCAUACUGCAUUGAUGAUCCUCAAACAUAUGAGAGAAGCAAAAGUACUUCAAGGAUCUGAAAGCAAAAAAAGUGUCGAUCAUGAAAAACAAAAAUUUCUGCUGUACUUCAAGUUAUUCCUCGUAAUGGGAGUAAAUUGGCUAGCAGAAAUAAUAUCGUGGGCCUUUGAUAACCAGGGCCAUUGGUGGUACGUGACUGAUAUUGGAAAUGCGUUACAAGGAGUGUUAAUAUUUUUAAUUUUUGUUUGUAAAAAACGAGUACUAAGAUUAGUGAACAAGAAGUUUUGUCCAGGAGUAGAGAUUGUCAAAUCAUCAACUGUUGUAUCAAAUAGGACAACGAGUAGUACUUACACACAAUCAACUGUGGUUCCCAAGGAUUCGGUUGAAAUGAACACACAUCUUGUUUCAGAUUUUAAGGCUUAAAACUGCUUAAUAUUUUUUCAUGAUUUAUUGUAUUUGUACACAUUAUCAUAGUUUUAUUUAAAUUUUGUAAAACAUAUUAAAAACAAAAUGUUUAUUGUUUUUUAACUAUUUUUAAAUUACCUUAAUUAAAUUUUUUAUACUAUUUAAAUUUUUAUGUGUUCGACCUAUUUAGAUAUUUAUAUUUUUUUAAUUAUUGAUUUUACUCAACUUGUAACUCAACGAUUUAAAUUAUGUUAAUAUUAAAAAUUAUUUUGUGUUAA